ACAGAGUCCGGAUGAUGCGGAGCAUCGAAUCUCCGAUUCCUCUCCAAGUGACAAAGUUCGCUCUUUAAAUCACGCCAUUAAACUAUAUCAAGGAGCACAAAUAAGACGAAAUUGGCCUAAUCCCUUUGAAAAUAAAUUUCUCGAUAUAAGAGAACCCAAUGAUGUAGCGACAAUUUCUUGUAGAAUAGGAUUAAAAAUAGAUAAGAAAAACGUUCAUAAACUUACUGGUGCAGUUGGGGAUUCUCGGUCUAUUGGUACUUCGUAUAAUGUUCCUAUAUCUAUAGAUAGUGGAAGCGAUUCUAUAACGGUUUCUGAAGAAAUAUCUGUAAUUCCUACAAAAAAAGAUCGAAAUGGGAACGAUAUAUCUAUAAUGAUACUUG